CACACGGCUGGCGUUUGGUGAAUUCGUGAUGCAGUUCAUCAUAAAAUGCAAGAAGAUUAGUCCUUGCAAAUACUCAGUCGUAGCUCGAUCGGUUGUCGUUUUGCCAUUUUUAAAGUUCUGAUUUUGUCUUCCCUUCUGAAUCGUUGCUGUUAACCUAUUUUCAACCUAGAUUUCGGAACUGGUUCUUGGCCAUUAGAAGCGGGCAAGGCGGCAGCCUAGAAUCAAAACGGGAUUCUGAGAAAUGAUUCUGUUUUAACUACGGUUGCUCCGAUCAAAUUAUUUAUUUUCAUAGUUGUCAUCGUUGACAAAUGGAAUCUGUGUGUUUAUCAGAAUUGAUUUCGAUUAGUCUAGCUAGGGUUUCUGCUGUCCCCUUCUGUUUGAUUUGUUUUGUUCGGACUUUUCUUCGUAUGAUUUAUGUGUCUGUAACGUUACUGGGUUUUCAAAGGUCUUUUCUUCUCAGUUUUGAAUUUGGUCAGAAUUUUCUUACUCUGCAAUAUAAAAAAGAUCUUAGGGCUUUUCUGAAAAUCUGCAUAUUUCCUUACAAAGAAGCGAGUUGAGGUUUUGGCUUAAGUUGAAGGGAGAGGGAAAUGGAGUGUGAAUGAUUUGGCAUUGAUACAGAGCAGCUUGGUAUGGAGAUGGAAGGUAGAGGGUUUUCAGAACUCGUUAGAAGUACUACUGAGGAGAUUUUCAUGAAGGCUAUGGUGGAUAACCCUAUUGGAAAUUCAGUGCCGAACAUGGGGAAUUUAGGGUUCAAUAACUUUAUGCAGCCUUUUAAUGCAGACAGUUUGGAGCUCUUCAAUGGCUGGCUAAUGAAUGGAGAGAGUCCUGCUUCAGGCAUCACUCAUCGAACGCGUCAAGCUUCUAUGAGGAUAUCAGCCGACCUUGGUUUAUGUCAACAAAAUGCAGUAUCCUUUUCAACGAAAAGCAGCCAUGCAAAUACAUCUGUUCAAAAUUUUAUUGAUGAUCAUUCGAGUCAUCCUGACCAAUAUUCUCUAAGGAGUAAAUUUGCUGCCAUGCAAGACUCUCAAGUUAAAGUGAUUCCUCAUGCACCACAUAACGUUGCAGCACAUAGUGCUCUUAGACUCGAGCACGAGUUCACAAAUAGGAGCAAUCUUUUCAACUUUCCAAUGGCUGGAAUGCCCAACCAGCUGCAGAAAUUAAUGUCUCCCUCUAAUUCAUCCACGCCUUUCAAGCAUUCUACAGCGACAGGUGAUACAAUUUCGUCAGUUCUGAGCAUGCUUGAGGGUAAUUUAGAGCCUGAAAAUUUUGGCAGAAAUGUUGAUAAAGAAACUUUUGAAGGUUGUUCGUAUGGCGCGUUAACUUCUCAAGAAGCUGCAUGCAGCAUAAGCCCCGUUUUUCAUAUUUUCUCCCCAGUUGAUAGGGCAGCUUCUCGAGAGUCUUUAGAAUUGAGCAUGAAAGGUUUUCCGGCUGAGAGGAAUCAUAUACAGAUGCGUAAUAUUUCUCGAGAGACUUCUCAAAGUGAUUCGUCGACUGCUGCAGCUGCGCUUUCUAUGGGUUUUGAUGUUUGUAGCAAUUCUAGAAAACAUGUUGGCUAUGGUUCUUUGGAUCUUGAGACCAGGGACAAGGAUAUCCUUCUCCAUGCAGAAUCUAGAGAGAGAAUGUUAGAAACUCAUUUCAAGGAUUCUACCAAGAAAGAAAGUUUAGCAUGGAUGGACUCUGUCUCUUCAGUGGGCAAGGUGGACUCCACAAAGAGAAGAAGGGUUGAGCGCUCACGCAAGAUGGCCGAAGCGAAGGAAAGAAAUUCGAAGCCAUCUCUACCAUCAGAUAUGGAGGGAAUUCUGAAGCACUGUGAGAAUCUCGAGCAGGAAGUUCGAUCUCUCAAACUGAAUCUUUCCUUUAUGAACAGGAAAGAUUCAGAGCAAACCAAACAAAUUGAAGAGCUGCAGAAACAAAAUGAUGAAUUAACAAAGGAGAAGGAGCGGCUUUUGGAAGUGAUGGAACUGAACAUCCAUUGACAUGGCAACAUAUGACACAUUUUGUUCAUCUUCUGAACCAAAAUUUUAUUUUUUUCCCCUCACUGAUCAUAUCCAUACUUUAACUGCUGGUUCCAUGGCGCUCAAGAAGAUUCACAUCCAUACCACUCAAUUAUUAUGUAUUUACAUCUUUACACAUCUAACACCUAAAUUUUUGAUGUGAUAAGAAAUAAAGUUCAAGCUUGAGGGGUGCCGUUGGUGUAUUUCAGAUGUUAGCUCUAAUUUUUCAUUGAUUGAUUGUAUCCAGAACGAUUCAGUAACUAUAUUUAUGUUUUAUGUAUUAUGACUCAUGUAUUCCUUCCCUUUCUCUUUCUUA